AAAAUUUCUUCCACUGCUGUCGUUUAGAUGUGGUUGAUAAUUGGAUAUGUCAAAGUAAAUAAAUUUGGACCGAAUUUCUGUCGUCGAAGGAAAAGUUCUCUAAACCGAAAAUCGGAUACUACACAGUUCGGUUCGGUCAAGGAUUACAUACUCGGUCGAAGAAUUCGUGCGUUGGACAUUUGUGGUUCUCCUUGUGUCGUCCCACUUGCCAAGAGGGGAAAAAGUCAGGGAAGAAUUCAGAAAAACUGGCACGUACGUAGUAUAUGGAAGACGGAAGCCAAUCGCGGGUAUGAAGUAGUAGAAAAUCAGAGCCGUCAAAGUGAGAUAAAACUUCAAGGCUAGGAUAUCCAACCGCAAUAGCGUAGACCUUUGGACGGUUUUCGCGACCUCGGCGAAUGCUCAGAUACGCCCGGACUAUGGAUAGCAAUCAUGAGAGUUCGUCAUCGUUUUGGCGCAACAAUGGUCGCGCGGUGCCGGGUCGUCCUAGUCCGAAGAAAGAUCAAAAAGUUGCGGCACACACUGCCAAGGUGGGCAAGGGUCAGUUGGGAUCGUUCCAGGACUAUCAACAAUCAGUGAGUGAUGCGUGGGACCUUGGCGAUGAUGAAUUUUGCAUAAUAACUGGCAUUGCGGAUACGAAAAUAUCAAAACGAGCUUCACAAUCGGCAGCUUUCAACGUUAUUCAAACACACCGAACGGGUGUCUCUGCGGGUAUGCCGCGGAAUCAAGAAGCAGGGGUGAAAAACCAUCACGACGAUAACGACCCCGAGAAAGAGAACGAUGCUAAACAUAAGGAACACCUGGGAGAUAACGGAGUACAACACUUGGAAGAUCACAGUCAAAAUGCUUCGUCCGACUACUCGCACGGCACCAGGUUGAAAUUUAGACAAUUCCACGCCUAUCCCGGUCGUCCUCAGUUGCAAAAACUGUCCUCGUCAUCUUCGUGUGAUGCUGAGUACGAGUCGAAAAUAGAAAAGUUUAGUCCUUUACUCGAUGCUGCUCUCCUAGAUUUGAUUGCACUGAAGAAGUUGAGCUGGUCGGGAAUCCCAAAGAAGGUGCGGGCAGUAACGUGGCGGCUAUUAUCAGAGUACCUUCCAACCAGUUUAGAACGUAGAGACUCAGUGCUAGAACGAAAGCGAUUGGAUUAUCACAAUUUAGUAGCACAAUACUUUCGAAUCGAUAGCAGGGAUGAAGCUCAGCAGGAUACAUAUAGACAAAUUCAUAUAGAUGUGCCAAGAAUGAAUCCCCACGUACCUUUAUUUCAACAAAAAGCUGUUCAAGAUAUGUUUGAGCGUAUACUGUUUAUAUGGGCAAUACGCCAUCCAGCCUCGGGCUAUGUUCAAGGCAUCAACGACUUAGUCACCCCAUUUUUCAUUGUAUUUCUACAAGAAAUCAUUGGACCAGAUAAAGAACUCGAGAAUGUACAAUUAGAGGAUUUGUCAUUGGAAAGUCGUAAUUCAAUUGAAGCAGAUUCGUUUUGGUGUCUCUCAAAAUUUCUAGAUUGUAUUCAAGAUAAUUAUAUUUUUGCCCAGCUUGGUAUUCAAGCUAAGGUGAACCAAUUGAAAGAUUUAAUUCAACGAAUUGAUGGUACCCUACAUAAACAUUUACAAUUGCACGGUGUAGACUAUUUACAAUUUUCUUUUCGUUGGAUGAAUAACUUAUUGACUAGAGAAUUACCUUUGCACUGUACGAUAAGGUUGUGGGAUACAUAUCUAGCGGAGUCUGAUGGUUUUGCAGUAUUUCAUUUGUAUGUCUGUGCAGCAUUCCUUUUGCACUGGCGCGAGCAACUACUUCAGCAGAAAGAUUUUCAGGGAUUAAUGCUUUUACUCCAAAAUCUUCCAACACACAAUUGGGCUGAUCGACAUAUAAGUGUUCUAGUUGCGGAAGCAUUUAAACUAAAGUUCACAUACGCCGACACACCUAAACACCUGGAGGGGAAAAGUUGACAUCGAUUGGAAUACCAAAACCCAAAAAAUAAUUAUAAUGUUAAUUAUCAUUAUUAUAAAUGUAUAUAAAUGACAACAGCUACUGAAGAAAAAGGAAAAUUGAUUAUCUGUACUAUGUGUUAAGAUUAGUGAGGAGAGUUGUCGGGACACUUGCUCUGAUUUAGGACGUGCUAAUAUCUACUACUAGAAUAAUUCUUAUGAAUGAAUUUCAUGAUAUUAUGGUGUAAUUGUUAUCAUGCAUUUUUAUUACAUUGUACACAUGCGCGGAAAGACCAUAUGAAAUAUUUUUUUUUCUUCAAAACAAAAGAAACAAAUUUCGAAUAAAUUUUAAGAUCACUAAAAAUUUUAA